AUUUUAGCUCUAAGGAAGUCAGGACGAAGUGAUGUCUCUACUCAAGAUCUGGUUCUUUUUGACUCUCACAAUCAAGUUUACAAUAUCCCUCAUCUCUGGACAGUCAGAUACGAUAAAGAGGGUUUUUGUCGACUUCACAGGAGAGGACACCGCUUCCCUUAAAGUCGUGGUUAACCAGCAGACACGUGACUUCGGGUAUUCCAGUCUUCUCACUCCUACGUUCUGUAUGCGAUAUCAGAAAACCGACGAUGGAAGAUUCCCGGUUUGUUUAGCGACGGUACACCUUGAAGACAUGACCUUUACCGUCAUAGAAAAACAAGACGAGCAAAAGAAAUGGCUAUUAGUGAGGGGUUCUAUAUCGAACAGUAAGGGAAAAGGGACGAGAUUUCUUGAGAACAGCUACUACCUUCCACCUGAACCAGCUAAACCACUCUGGGCUUUACCUGACGCCAACUCUAACUACCAUCUUACAUGUGUGAAAAUCUCUUUCAAUUCGUCACAGUUAGGGGAUAUUUUCAUUGGUAAAUGGGCGCAGGAGUUUCCUAUCGAAGUCUUUGCGAGGACUGAGCAGUAUGGACCUCUUAAACCUCUCGAACCGAGGGGAACAAGUGACAUAGACAUACACCUCUCAAAAGGGCAACUGAUGUCAGCAUUUAAACGGAUUUACAGGACCAUUUACUUUCCGAUAUUCUUCACCAUCGGCUGUGACCUCAACGAUGGUUUCAUCCAGGACAUCGGUGUGAUGCAUUUGCGUUCGUUUGAAGGGUUUAUCUAUGACUUCAACGUAUACCAGGGAAAUUUUGAUGUCAAUAAUUUCGUCGAUGAAAUUGGGUGUGAGCAAAUUAGAAAUAAAAGGAAAUUGUUUAAAAUCGGUUCUAUGGAUGAUUUUGUGGGAUCCAUCAGAAAAGUCGAUAAAAGAGGACUAACGAUACGAAAAGAGAUUUCUAAUUUGAUGUGUCAUCAAAAAUGUGCCAAUCCUACUAAUAGCGGUAAGGGAGUAAUGGGCAACAAAGUUGCCAACUGUCUCACCACAUAUUCCCGCUACCUUACUAUCCAAAACUGCCACAUUCAUUGUCAUAGGAUUCCCCAAGAGGUUGAUUUAGUCGACCUUUGCUUGAACUGCAUCGUUUACCAGUGGAACUGUCCCCUAGUGAAGCAUAUGGCUGGUCAUUUUCAGCAGGAAGAUCGUUCAUUUCAUGCUGAUCAUUUAGUGCAAAAGCUUAUCGACCAAAAAGAUGCUCUCAAGAAAAACAUUAGUACCAUUUUGAAUUGGAGAAACUUUGAUUUUGGUUGUAGCUCGCCCAGCAAUUGCUACAAAAAGAAACUCCGAAAAGUGGUCAGAUCUUGUCUGGACGCUGAAGGGAUAUACUGGAAUCUGUUAUAUAAGAAUCAGAGAAUAUCCUUCCUGGAUGAGGUGCGAUGCGGAAAAUUGCUCGGAGUGUUUCGUUGUGUUCGGAAUUUUAUCGGAGAUUAUGUUUACAGAAGGAACUUCCCAGACUCGAAGUCGCUGUUAAAUAGCUUCGAUUUGAGAGCGUUACAGGGUACAACUCUUGAAGUGAACAACUCGGCGUGGUUCUGUUUAAGAAAUUACAAUCGUAUCGUAAAGAUUGCCCCCAGUUGUGCCGAACUUGGGGCUCUUCCCGUUCAGUGGUUUAAUGACCACAAAUCCCACUUCACUUCACCAAAGAUGGUGAGAUUGACUGACUCGACAAUAUUACCGGAGGAGACAACCUCCAUGAUGAUCACAACAACUCGCAUUUUAGAGUCAAAUCCCUUCAAGACAACUAACCCACCACCUAAGAAAAAUGACCUGGAAAAGAUUCUACUCAUUGUCCUGGCGUGUUGUAUUGUUGCUACCCCUGUCAUUAUUUUUCUCACUUGGUGUUUCAUCAGGCGCCGCCGGAAGGAUCCAGAGUUCACGUUGAUGGCGGAAUAUAUCGGAGAUGAAGACCCACAACCCUGGGAACUGGAGCCGAUGCCUCGUCCGAGAGUUCAUAAAGGCAGCUUCACCCUCAACUCGAGCUACAGCGAGACCUCCGACACUGACAGUUCCGUUGGUUUAUUCCUGAACCCCUCCUCUGCUGCUAGCUCAGUUGGAGGAUCAUCUCUAGCCGGAGGAUCAUCUCUAGCAAGAGGUCUUGUUAACAAUGCUGCCUACUCUUUAGGACGGUCUGAGUCGUCGUUAGUUGUCAGUAGUUACUCUGUGUGGUCCGGAUCUCAAACAGCUCUUAUUGGAUCUUCGAGUGACAGUGAAGAUUGUGAGAUUAGUCCUGCAUCUCCUUUUGUGGAAACUUCCUUCUCUUUCGAUAACUCUCGUAAUUUUCCAAGAAGACCACCUCCAGCUGUACCUAACAAACACAGAGUGUCCGUUUAUGUGAACCCAAACUUUGUUCCUAUGGACGGUAGUUACGUUGAGUUGAAGAGCUUUAGUGACACUUCAGAUCACAUUCACAAUGAUGGCGAGGAAGCGGAGACUUCUUUUGUUGAGAGUGAAGAUAAAAGCCACGAAUAUAUCGACCAAUCGUCAUCAGUUGCUUCUUUAAGCCCUAUAAAGCGUCCGAGUUCUAUUUUAGCAGCUGCAAAAUUGAGCACGAUUUUUGAAGAGGUUGAACUUACAGAACAAUUGGAAGUGAAAGAAAAUCUACGGGCUGGCCCGAAUGAGAGUACACAAGACUGUGACUCAAACUGACAUAAUAUCACUAACCUUAGUGCUUGGGUCUUCUUAAAUUAAAUAUUUAUAGGAAUGACACACUGACACAGACAAUCAAUUAUUUAUAGAACUAGUUUAAAGUUACUUAACCAAUUUGGUUGCUAACCUAUUAGAUAAAUGAAUCCGCUUUUCUUAUAGACUUUUCCAAAUAUUUGACCAUUGACACCGAUAUGUUAUUUUUAACUUUAUAUAAAUAUAUUUAUAUACAUAUGACAUAGCAGGAUUCUGCUGUUAUUGCAUGAAAAUGCCAGAGUUAACUAAUUUAACAUUUUAUUUUUAAAUUCUCAGCUCCAUCGGGCUAGCGCGGCGCCUGACUCACCGAAACGCUUAAAAUUGGAAAAUGGGAUAUUGCUUUAUUACAUUUAAGUCUGAAGUCAUUUCAUAUGUGGACGGUUAACUUCUAUUUUGUUUUCAAAUAAGCCACUCAUCUUGUUUUCCAUUUUCAAGUUCAAAUACUUUCGUGUA